AUGACCUCUCCUGCCGCUCUUCACUAUUUCUGUGGACCUGUCAUGACAGACGCUGUUCCUAGCCUUGUAUUUCUUGGGGCAUGGCCUCGGCAUCUCACUCCAAGACUCGGACAGUUACACAGGAGUCAACAGCACCACAAGGACACGGCGUUGGUCUGCCUGAGGGACCCUGCCCUGAUGCCAUCCACGAGCGAGCUCACCAGAACUGUCCAGUUCUGCGCAGUCUUGAAAGCUGGAACCCUACUUCCAUGUUCUGUAAUGAACACUAACGAUCAGACGGGCGUGCUCAUUGUCAAUGGCACCAUCCAGAUCAACUGGCGGCUCUAUGCUCGCCUUACUGACCAUAUUGCUUCUCCGAGGAUAACAAUACAGCCCAGGCAAAAGACGACGUCACAAUCUGCCAAAUAUCUCCCACACUAUUCAGAGUUAGAUCCAUCACUACAAACCAGUGACACGGGAGCCGUUGAUAUAGACUUCAGUCUGGCAAACUCCAGUGCCCCCCAUUUCGCGACAGCCAAAUGCUGGACACGGGAGUUUCUCAACUCUUAUGGCGCGCGUGUCAGGGAUACGCCAAAGCUCUGGCUCCUGGAUGGCCUGGAACUCGUAUUUGAACCGGUUGAACAGGCAGAUUAA